AUGGUUGCACUGAGUUGUCUCUUGACAGUGUCAGAAGGGGACAUAAAGAAGGUGGACAGAGAACUAAGGCAACUGGAGAUGCAUCGACUUAAUUUAGCAUCGCGUGCCUGUGUGAUUGUAUAUGCACCCUACUGCUGCUGUGACUUGCACCCAUAUCCAUACUGCUUGUGCUACUUCCAGUUUAUCGCGCUCUGCGGCCUGUGUGUCUACCCAUGUUGCCUGUGUGAUUACAAGCUUUACUGUUCGCGACUGCUGGCCAGAAGUUUGGAGAGGAAAGCCAUCAGAGCUAUAGAAGAGCCUUGCAGGUUUCUGGCAACAACAAAUAGAAUUCUGGCUUCCUCCUGCUGUAGCAGUAACAUUUUAGGAUCAGUGAAUGUAUGCGGUUUUGAACCUGAUCAAGUCAAAGUUCGAGUGAAGGAUGGAAAGGUAUGUGUCGCUGAGCGGGAGAACAGGUACGACUGCCUGGGAUGAAAGUACAGCCACAUGAACAUCUGCAAAGAGUCUGGCCACGCCUCUGUGUGGAUGAGAAGGAUAACAUUCUGCCGGGCUCGGUGCUGCCAAGAUCGAGUCGCUUGCUACCCUUUGCACUCUGCAAACCCCUGUAGCCCGCAGCCCUGCAACCCAUGUGACCCUUGCAACCCGUGUUAUCCCUGUGGAAGCCGAUUUUCCUAG